AUGGCGGACCAGGUAGCGGCAAUCCUUUCUUCAGCAGCCACCUUCGGUUCAGCUGGAGUUCUAUCCCAUGGAGGCAGCUAUGGAGAUGGGGGCAGCUACGGAGAUGGAGGCGAGGUGCUAUCCCAUGGAAUUGGAGGUGGACACGGUGGUGGAGGAGGAGGACUAGGAGGAGUAGGAGGGGGAGGUGCAAUUAUCACCCAGACCAUCCCUGUCCCCAUUCCCCAGCCCUAUCCUGUAACAGUUAAUAGAAAUGUCCCAGUUCCGGUAGCCCAACCUAUUCCUGUGGUGGUAUCCCGACCGGUUCAGAUACCCGUUCCUCAACCUUAUCCAGUCCACGUGUCAAAGCCAGUGCCUAUUCCGAUUACGCAGAAUAUUCCUGUUCCGGUUCCACAGCCCUACAAAGUACCAGUUCCAGUUCAUGUGCAGGUUCCAGUACCACAACCCUAUCCUGUGCAAGUACCUCAGCCCUAUCCCGUCAGGAUUUCUCAACCUGUAUUCGUAACAGUUCCUCAAUCGUCAAGCAGUGUAAGUUAUGGAGCUGCAGGGGGCCAUGGUGGUGGAGGAUACGGCAAGGGAGGCUACAGUUACACUACUGUUCAGUUUGGAGGCGGAUCUAAGUUUUAG